GGCGCUGCGUCGGGCAGAGCUGCUGGGGGUCUGCUCCUCCCGGGCUCUGAGCUCUGGCCCGAUCUCCGCGCUCCCUGCUCCCUGUACCCUCGCUGCCGUGUCCUUAGAGGCGACUCCUAGCGACCCCUCAGCUCCCUUUAGCCCCGCACUGCCCCCGCCCUGUCCCAUUCCCGGGCCGCGGACGGCCGUCUCUCGUACCUUCUGGCCCCCGGAGCUCCGCGGCCAUGGGCAUCCGAGGGAUGCUUCGAGCCGCUGUGCUCCUGCUGCUCAUCAGGACCUGGCUCGCAGAGAGCAAUGACCCCAGUCCUACCCCGAAAUUCCACUUUGAGCUCUCCUCCACUGUGCCUGAAGUCGUCUUGAACCUCUUCAACUGCAAAAAUUGUGCAAAUGAAGCUGUGGUUCGCAAGAUUUUGGAUAGGGUGCUGUCGAGAUAUGAUGUCCGUUUGAGACCAAAUUUUGGAGGUGCCCCUGUGCCUGUAGGAGUAUCUAUCUAUGUCUCCAGUAUUGAACAAGUCUCAGAAAUGACUAUGGACUAUACGAUCACGAUGUUUUUUCAUCAGACCUGGAAAGAUCCACGUUUAGCAUACUAUGAGACCAACCUGAACCUGACCCUGGACUAUCGGAUGCUUGAGAAGUUAUGGGUCCCUGACUGCUACUUUCUGAAUAGCAAGGAUGCUUUCGUGCAUGACGUGACUGUGGAAAAUCGUGUGUUUCAGCUUCACCCAGAUGGAACGGUGCGGUAUGGCAUCCGACUCACCACCACAGCGGCUUGUUCUCUGAAUCUGCAAAAAUUCCCUCUGGACAAGCAGACCUGCAAGCUGGAGGUGGAGAGCUAUGGUUACACAGUUGAAGACAUUGUAUUAUACUGGGAAGGCAAUGGGAAUGCCAUUCAGGGGACUGAGAAGCUGCACAUCGCUCAGUUCAGCUUCCUGGGAAAGACGAUGACUAGCAAAGAGGUGUUUUUCUACACAGGUUCUUAUGUGCGCCUGAUACUGAGGUUCCUGGUCCAGAGGGAAGUCACCAGCUACCUUGUACAGAUCUACUGGCCUACAAUCCUCACCACUGUUGUCUCUUGGAUAUCAUUUUGGAUGAACUAUGAGUCCUCUGCAGCCAAGGUGACAGUUGGUCUGACGUCAAUGCUCAUCCUGAACACCAUCAACUCACAUCUGCAGGAUAAACUACCCCAAGUUUCUUGUAUCAAGGCCAUCGACAUCUAUAUGGUCAUAUGCUUCUUCUUUGUGUUCCUGUCCUUGCUGGAAUAUGUCCACAUCAACUAUCUUUUCUACAGCCGAAGAGGACCCCGGCGCCACCAUAGGCGACGCAGGAGAGCACGAAGAGUCAUGGCCUGCUAUUGCUACCAGGAAGUGAAGCUGCAGCCCCUUGCACACCAGAGACCCCAGGAAGAGAUGAUUCUGUCAGUGGAAGAGAUCAACAAUCACAUAACAAAUGCUGAUGAGGAAAGCCCUCACCCACCUCCCUCCCCACCAGUGCUUAUUCGUGUAGGAUGUGAUCUGACCAACUUCAUAAAUCUAUCUACUAUCUCCUCAAAGGAUGACCAGGUUAACAUAGAAGAUGAAAAUGGCUCUCCGUCCUCCAGACCAGUGCAGGCCCACCUGGCAAGCCAAGAAAGCCUCGGCUCUUUGACCUCCAUCUCAGUGCAGGCCCCACUGGCCACCUCAGAAAGCCUCAGUUCACUGUCUUCUCUCUCGGGCCAGACCAGAGAAAGCCUGAGUGAUCUCCCCUCCACCUCAGAGCAGGCCCUGCACAGCUAUGGCAGUCACUUUAAUGGUUUCGAGAUUGAUGACAGCGUUAUUCCUACUGAAAUCCGCAACCAUGCUGAGGCCCAUGGCUUUGCUGAGACCUGUGACCCAGAAGACCCUGAAGAGAGCUCUAGCUCAGAUGAGAACCAUGGCCAUGGCCCCAGUGGGAGGCAUCUGCUUGUCCACAGCCUGAGGUAUGUGCAAGAAGCAAGCUUCAACCUUGAUGAGAUCCGUAGCAGCCUUGAUGAGAUCCGUAGCUUGCCUGAUGACAUCAAAGUUGAGAGUGGCUACCUUGACCUUGAGAAGCAACUCAAGUGUGAUGUUGACAGUACCUGGAGCCUUAACGUUGAUAAUUUCAUGGGCUUUGACCAAGACAAGGACAGUAACUCAGAGUCUGAUGACAGUUGCCCCCUGAGCCCUGGGUGCUCCUUCAGUGAAGGGUUUUCCUCCAAGCUCUUUCACCCUUACUACGUCCCUAAGGUUGACAGGUGGUCCCGGAUCCUCUUCCCUCUUGCCUUUGUGGUGUUCAACAUUGGUUACUGGGCAUACUAUAUCAAUUAGUCCCACAGUGCCCCAGAGCAGCAGGGACACUGUGCUAUGCUCCUUUCAUAGUUAUUUCGGUUCUGUUUUGCCUUCUUUGUUUUAUUUUGUGGUUAUUUGGGCAGUCAAGUCAGCUCUAAUUUUCUCUUUAUAAACAUGAGGUGGAGAGUAGUUGGAAAGGAUGUGUUCUGACUGGAAGGAAGGAGAUUGAAGGAGGAGUUGGAGGUAAAUAGCACAUUGAUUUUCCUUUCCUGAUAAAAGAGUAUCACCUUUUCAAAGACUUCUAACAGCUAAUAAGCACAGAAAAGCCCUGGAAAUGUUUAGUAGACAGAGAGGAGCCAGGUUGGGGAACAGAGGAAGGAUCUGAGCCCUGAGCGCAAACAUUUCUGGGAAUUUUUCCAUCCCCCCGAGGUGUUGAAUUCUCUUUUUCAUUGCUUUUUUUCUUCUGUUUUUUCCUCCUAGGGAUUAUGGUCCUUGCUCACUCCCCACUUAGGGUUUUACAGGAGAAAGUCAAGCUGAGUUGGCCUGGGGUGCACAGGAGAAGGGCUAGCCAUGGCUUGUAAGUGCAGGGAGCUGGCUCCAGGGAACUUGGGGGAUUUUGAAAGUGCCUUUUCUCCACUGUUUUUUCUGCUGUAUUUUGAGUGUGGUGUUGUGGCAGGGGGUUGGGAGUGGAAUGUGGGAGGGUGGAUGGGGUGCUGAGUGAGAUGUCAGGGUAAGUGAGAGAGCAUGUUUCCAGCAGGAGCUCGCAGGGAGUGCAUUAUGUCAGGUUGGAGAUUACUCAGAUGGAGCUGGCAUCUUUGGAAGGAUUGGAACUUCUCUUGUCUAUACUUCUGCUUCAGAAUGCUUGACAAUAGGGACUCAAUACCUCUGUCUAGGUCAGAUGCUGAGUUGAUCACUGGCCACAGAGCAGGCACUUGGUGAAUGAAGACUAGGAUUAGGAAAGUUUUGACUUGAUAUUUCACCAUCUAGUCUAUAAUAGCAGACAAACAACUCUUGUGAAUCUAUAUACUAAUCCUUUCUAUUUGUCUAGUGCAUAGUAAGUAUCAACAAGCUCACUGACCCAUCACAUCGUUGAACCCUCACAGGAGCCCUGUGAGUCAGGGAAGGCAAAGUGCAUCAUCCCCAGUGUUCCAAGGGGAAAAAAAAUGGAGUUUAUGUACCACGCUUGAGGACAUGCAAACAGUGAGUGGUGGAGCCACCUCACUUGCUCUUCCUUCUUCUUGUCCUCUUAACUCUCUCAACUGAGGCACUCCCCUUUAUCCCUUCCCCUUUACAAAAGGGGGUGCUCCAGGUUCUGAUUAUCUACCAGGCACUAGACCUCAUUCUACAGCACCUGUAGCAUCUCUGCAGGAAGAUGCUGGUGACCAGCCAAUGAGUGUGAACCAAGCAUAUGGAACAUGUACACUGCCCACACAGUAGGACUCCUAAGGGAAGUAGAAAGCAGCCUGAGCUCCAACUUGCCUAGCAGUUCCACCUCAUUGACAGAGGCCAUGUGAGAGCAAGAUUUGCCAAGCACUCAGCCUAUGUCCCUCCUUUCUCCCUAGGCAGCCUCUCCUGCAGCCCCUCAGCCACCUACCCUUUUAACUGUGUUUGUUUCUGUGUUUGCGUUUCUGUGUAUACCUGCGUGUGUAUGUGCAUCAAGGUAGUUCUUUAUGUACAUACAACCAUUUGAGAAGCUGUAUAGUUCUAUGUAUAUCAGUGUAAAUCUAUAUUGGUGUGUAUAAGAGUGUAUAUAUAACAACGUGUGAAUGCAUAUAUGUGUGUGCACACGCCUAUGAAGGAGUGUGUAAACUGUGACUUAUGUAUGUGUGUGCUUGUGUGUACACACAUGGGUGUAUUCUGUGUGCAUGUGUAUAAGUGCAUGUGUGCAUGCCCAUGUUUAUUUAUCUGAUUUGAAUGGGUGUGAAAGGAAACACAUCUGAAAGCAUAUGUAUUCCCUGUUGGUGGCUCUUCUAGAACCGCCAGAAUUCCCUUGGCCUGGUUCCACAUAAGAGGGGGCCCUAUUUGGCCAGGCUGCUUAACUGACUGUUUCUUUCCAAUUCCCUGUUCCAGGGAGCAGCAUCUCCCAGUCCCCAUCCACUCCUCUCCUCCUCCCUCCACCCAUCUGUGCUGUCUCCCGGAAAGAAGAUGCAUAAGAAUUGAAUGUAGUCCUAGGAAGUGAUAAUUUAGUGCCUUGAGGAAGGAAGUGCCCAAUUGUGGGAUAAGCUGGGAGUGGAGAACAUUUUUCUUUGUCCUGGAAGGACAUGUUUGGGAGUAACAAAA